CGGUGGGAAAGAUGGCGGCGGCUCUGAGACCCUCCCGGUGGCAGUGGUGGCGGCGGCGCGCGUGGGCUCGGGACGGGUUCAGGCUAUUGGUCCUUCUCCUCCUGUUGGGGUCCGGGCAGGGGCCGCGGCACGUCAUGGCGGCUCAAGCGGUGGAGUACUUGAAACGGGAGCACUCGCUGUCGAAGCCCUACCAGGGUGUGGGAACAAGCAGCUCUUCGCUGUGGAACCUGAUGGGCCAUGCCAUGGUGAUGACGCAGUACAUCCGCCUCACUCCAGACAUGCAAAGUAAACAGGGCGCCUUGUGGAAUCGGGUGCCAUGUUUCCUGAAGGACUGGGAGCUGCAGGUGCACUUCAAGAUCCAUGGACAAGGGAAGAAGAAUCUGCACGGAGAUGGCCUGGCAAUCUGGUACACUAAGGACCGAAUGCAGCCAGGGCCUGUCUUUGGAAACAUGGACAAAUUUGUGGGGCUGGGAGUGUUUAUAGACACCUAUCCCAAUGAGGAGAAGCAGCAAGAGGCCCAGAAGAGGCGCUAUUCUCCAGGAGUCCAGCGGGUGUUCCCCUACAUCUCAGCCAUGGUGAACAACGGCUCCCUCAGCUACGAUCACGAGAGGGAUGGGAGGCCCACGGAGAUAGGGGGCUGCACAGCCAUUGUCCGCAAUCUCCGAUAUGACACCUUCCUCGUGAUUCGCUAUGUCAAGAGGCACCUGACGAUAAUGAUGGAUAUUGAUGGCAAACAUGAGUGGAGGGACUGCCUCGAGAUGCCUGGGGUCCGGCUCCCACGGGGCUAUUACUUCGGCACUUCCUCCAUCACUGGGGAUCUCUCUGAUAAUCAUGAUGUCAUUUCUAUGAAGUUGUUUGAGCUGACCGGAGUGAGGACCCCAGAAGAGGAAAAGCUACAUCGAGAUGUGUUCCUGCCCUCAGUGGAUAAUCUGAAGCUGCCUGAGAUGACAGUACCACCAACGCCCAUGAGUGGCCUGGCCCUAUUUCUCAUCGUCUUUUUCUCCUUGGUGUUUUCUGUAUUUGCCAUUGUCAUUGGUAUCAUACUGUACAACAAAUGGCAUGACCAGAGCCGAAAACGCUUCUACUGAGCCUACUGCCAUCAAUCCCUCUAUGAUGUUUACCCAUGAAGUGUGGGUCUGGGCAUACAGCCUGGCAAGUCAGCUUGAGUCACCAGCUGUUGUUCAGGGACUGUGUUCUGACACUGGAGCUUUGAAUGCAGGGACUCUGCAUUCGGAUGGUCAUCCACAGGAACAUCUCACUGGCCUAAGACGCCACCUGCAGGGCCGAGCAGCUGUGAUGUGCCUUUCCCUGAUGUCCUCCCACUUAGGAGUGAAGAGACUUGGAGAACUACUUAUUGUGAUGCCUAAAUUACAGAAUUGCAUAGAUAGCCCAAGCAUGGACUGGACACAGUGGCCUUCUACAUUUUCAGAUUCCCAAAUAGAAAACCAAGCUCAUACAAUCUGGAAACCCACUGACUAGUUUUUGCUUUGCCCAUGCCCCUUUCUGCCUGAGGAGCCCACUGGCAAGCUGGACGGAGAGUUCUGCCUCACCUGCCUCUGCCUCCCUCUACUCACUGUCCUCUCUGUGCAUCCUGAGCUAAGAAAGAAGCUUGCAUUAGCUCAUUGCCCUCUGCUCCCUGCUGGCCCCAAGUCUUGUUUUUGACUGUUGCUUUGUCUGUAGCCUUCCUAAUCAGAGUCUUUCAGGCCUUUGGAUGGUUUGGCUAAAAAUCGUUACAAAUCAAGAGAAGCUUAGACAAGUUCACAGGUUCCGGGAGAUUACCUGUGCAGUCAGCCAGGUCCAGGUGUGCCACACAGAGCUGCGUUCGCUGUAGCUGCCUGUAGAGGUAGUCUGGACACACUGGAUUCUGCCUAGUUGCAUGUUUUGUGUUUGUCAUGCUUCUUGGGAUCCUGCUUUGAAUGUUGGAAGUAAAAAGCAGCCUCCUUCUUCCCUGGACUUGGACACGCCCUAAGAAGAGCUGAUCUCAUGUUAGAAAUUUCUUGAGAGCAGAAGCCCUUCAUCUCCUGUGCCCGGAAGAGCUCUGAUGGUGGAGUGCCCGGUGUCGCCCCUUACACUGCCUUAUUCCACAGAUGUCACAUGCUGCUCACCUGUCUGCCCUGUGAUUGAAUUGGUUACAGGCCAGUCUCCCUGGAGGGCCUGAAACUGAGUUCUCUGUAGCCCAAGGGAAAGUCUUAAAGUGGCUGAUGGAACCAA